UCGGACAAGCAAUCAUCAGGCCAAAGAUCGCGGUCCUGUACCCAGUGUAGCAGUCAUCAAGGCCAAUGGCUGAUGUAGAUGACAACCCACUGUUGGUUGAUGAUAGUAAAAGAUAUGCCAUGGAAGACAAUCCGGUGAUAGGCAUUGAUCUGGGCACUUCCAAUUGCUGUGUUGCUGUGUUUCGUAAUGUCGACGACAUUGAGAUAGUUCCGAAUGACCUCGGCCACAGGAUUACACCAUCAUUUGUGGCCUUUGCUGGGCAGGAGAAUUGUGUGGUAGGAGAUGUUGCGACGAAGCACCGCGUGAAGCACCCGGAGCAGUGCAUAUUCGAGGUGAAGCGGCUGAUGGGGCGAUCACUCGGCGAUGCAACCAUCCAGCAGGACGCAAAGAGGUGGCCCUUCCACUUGUCCGCGGGUCCACGUGGCGAAGUUGUCGUGGAUGUCCCCAACAUGGCAUCAGGAUGCAAAACUCAUUUCCUACCAGAAGAUAUUUCCGCCUUGUUGCUGAAGAAGUUGAAGUCUAUCGCAGAGGACUUCACCGGCCAUCCUAUCAGGGAUGCAGUCAUCAGCAUACCUGCGUACUUCGAUCACAGCCAGAGGAAGGCGACAAUGGCUGCUGGCGUCAGUGCGGGACUAAACGUGCUGCGGUUGAUGAGCGAACCAACGGCAGCUGCGCUGGCUUACGGCCAUCAGCGGGUGAUAGGGAGGGGGGCUAUGGGGAGGAGGCUCCUGAUAUUUGACCUGGGUGGGGGAACCUUUGAUGUGUCCAUUGUCACGGUGAAGGACGGACCAGAUGAGGACAGCUGCUUCGUAGUGGAGGCAGUGGGGGGAGAUUCCCAUCUGGGAGGGGUGGACAUAGACCAACGUCUGUUUCAGCACAUUGCGGAGAAGAUUCGGAAUCAGCCGACAUGGGACCAUGUCCUGCGCAAACCAAGGUUUCGGACAAAGCUUGAUGAAGCCAUCGUGGUUGCCAAGCAUGCUCUGUCGGUCGAAACGGAGACAGAGAUCUGCCUGGACUACGGUGAAGAGGACCUGAGCUUGACGUUGGGGCGCGCCCAGUUCGAGGCACUCAAUGAAGACCUGUUUGACAGGUGCAUGACCAUCGUCCAACAAGCUCUGACUGAUGCUGGCAUCAGCAAGGGUGCGAUCUCAGACGUGAUCCUUGUGGGCGGGUCGACGAGGAUACCAAAGGUGCGAGAGAUGCUGAAGGCAUUCUUUGGCAAGGAGCCCUUGAGGUUGAUCAACGCUGAUGAGGCUGUGGCAUUUGGAGCUGCCGUACAGGCCGGCUUGCUUGCAAGGAGCAACAAGUGCACAGAGGCAGAGGCGAGCGUUUCCGUACGGGACGUGACAGCGCUAAGCAUUGGCCUCGGCGUAGGGCUUGGUGUGAUGAAUGUCAUUGUCCCCAGGAACUCUCCUCUUCCAGCCAGUAAGCACAAGGCAUGUUAUUUAAUAGUAACGAACGACUCGCUGACUUGCAGUUUCUCUUUUUAUGAAGGUGAACGAGCUCUGUGCAUGCACAACCGGUUGGUCGGACAGAUGUCUCUAAAGGGUCUAAAUCCUGGCUCGGCGACGGACAUUCUCAUCUUUGAUGUUAAGCUCAGGUUAGAUACCCACGGGAUUGUCCAUGCGGAAGCAGAGCUGUGGGGACGGGUUGCUGCUCACAGUUGGUGCAAUUUGACAGCAGAGGAGACAUUCCACGAGGCUAGAAGGCAUAGAGAGGCCGGGAGAAAGGUGGAAGGCGCGUUUAGACUUGAUAUGGAUGUUGUGCACACUUCGGCCAAUGGGACAAAAACAACAGGUCACUACACGCCAGAAGCAAAAGCGGAGGAUGCCAGGAUGUGGGCCGCUAUGGCAUCGAGGAUGAAUCUUGGGGAUAUUCUUACACGAUGGAAAUAUAAUUUCUGGUUCAAGAACGAGUCCACCCAUAUACUGAAGCAUGUGAACGAGCUCUUGGCCUGGCUUGUUGGGCAGCAGGAACUAGCAUCGAAGGAUGAAUACCAGAAAAAAUAUCAGCAGCUCAUUGGGAAAUACCAUUUCUUCCUGCGGUCCAAAUUUGUUGCAAAGUUAUUCAUAGGCGAUUCUGUUGUGAAUAUCUGUUCCCAAGAAACAGCUGAUUUGUUAAAAGAGUACCCUUAUAUCUUUCCCUCAAACAGACCUAUAUGAGGUUCCCCCCUCCCCCCCCCUCCUCUUUCCCCCUUGUUUUCUUUUUUUUCUAAAUAAAGUUUUGUCAUUCCA